AGUGUUGGGGUUGGUGGCUGUAGGCCCGUCCGAGGCCAGCAUGUCGCUGCAGAGGAUGGUGCGUGUGUCCCUGGAGCAUCCCACCAGCGCCGUGUGUGUGGCUGGCGUGGAGACCCUCGUGGACAUUUAUGGGUCGGUACCCGAGGGCACAGAGAUGCUCGAGGUCUAUGGGACCCCAGGUGUGGACAUCUACAUCUCUCCCAACUCAAGGCGGGGCCGGGAGCGCGCAGAUGCUAGGCGGUGGCACUUUGAUGCGAGUUUGGAGAUCAUUGUGGUCAUGAACUCCCCCAGCAACGACCUCAAUGACAGUCAUGUUCAGAUUUCCUACCAUUCCAGCAAGGAGGCUCUGCCCCUGGCCCACGCAGUGCUCUACCUCACCUGUGUUUACAUCUCUCUGGAUUGUGACCUGAAUUGUGAAGGCAGGCAGGACAGGAAUUUUGUGGACAAGCGGCAGUGGGUCUGGGGGCCCAGCGGAUAUGGUGCCAUCUUGCUGGUGAACUGUGACCGUGAUGAUCUGAGUUGUGAUGACCAGGACAAUUGUGACCAGCGUGUGCGCUGCCUGCAAGACCUGGAAGAUAUGUCUGUCAUGGUCCUGCGGACCCAGGGCCCUGCUGCCCUCUUCGAUGACCACAAACUUGUCCUCCACACCUCCACCUAUGAUGCUGAGCGGGCCCAGGUCUUCCAUGUCUGUGGUCCUGAGGACUCAUGCGAGGCCUACAGGCACGUGCUGGGCCAAGACAAGGUGUCGUAUGAGGUAUCCCGCCUCAAUGGGGACGAGGAACUCUUCUAUGUGGAAGGCCUCUCCUUCCCCGAUGCUGGCUUCACAGGUCUCGUCUCCUUCCAUGUCACGCUGUUGGAUGACUCCAAUGAGUAUUUCUCCCAGUCCCCAAUCUUCACUGACACUGUAGUGUUCCGUGUGGCACCCUGGAUCAUGACGCCCAGCACCCUGCCGCCCCUGGAGGUGUACGUGUGCAGUGUGAAGAACAACAUGUGUUUCGUGGAUGCGGUGGCAGAGCUGGCCAGGAAGGCCGGCUGCCAGCUGACCGUCUGCCCACAGGCCGAAAACCGCAACGACCGCUGGAUCCAGGACGAGAUGGAGCUGGGCUACGUUCAGGCACCACACAAGACCUUCCCGGUGGUCUUCGACUCCCCACGGAAUGGGGAACUGCAGGACUUCCCUUACAAAAGAAUCCUGGGUCCAGAUUUUGGUUAUGUGACUCGGGAACCACGAGACAGGUCUGUGAGCGGCCUGGACUCCUUCGGGAACCUGGAGGUCAGCCCCCCAGUGGUGGCCAAUGGGAAAGAGUACCCCCUGGGGCGGAUCCUCUUUGGAGGCAACCUGCCUGGGUCAAGAGGCCGCAGGGUCACCCAGGUUGUGCGGGAAUUCCUCUAUGCCCAGAAGGUGCAGCCCCCCAUCGAGCUUUUUGUGGACUGGUUGGCUGUGGGCCACGUGGAUGAGUUCCUAUGCUUUGUCCCUGCCCCCGAUGGGAAGGGUUUCCGGAUGCUCCUGGCCAGCCCUGGGACCUGCUUCAAGCUCUUCCAGGAAAAGCAGAAGUGGGGCCAUGGCAGGACCCUCCUGUUCCAGGGGGUUGUUGGCGAUGAUCGAGUCAAGACUGUGUCCAUCAACCAGGUGCUCUCCAAUGAAAGACUCAUCUCCUAUAAUAAGUUUGUGCAGAGCUGCAUCGAUUGGAACCGUGAGGUGCUGAAGCGGGAGCUGGGCCUGGCAGAGCGUGACAUCAUCGACAUCCCCCAGCUCUUCAAGAUGGAGAGGAAAAAGGCAACGGCCUUCUUUCCUGACUUGGUGAACAUGCUGGUGCUGGGGAAGCACCUGGGCAUCCCCAAGCCCUUCGGGCCCAUCAUCAACGGCCGCUGCUGCCUGGAGGAGAAGGUGCGGUCCCUGCUGGAGCCGCUGGGCCUCCACUGCACCUUCAUCGACGACUUCACUCCCUACCACAUGCUGCACGGGGAGGUGCACUGCGGCACCAACGUGCGCCGGAAGCCCUUCUCCUUCAAGUGGUGGAACAUGGUGCCCUGAGCCAGCACCCACCGGCCGUCCUCCUCCACCAUGGGCAUCAGCCCGGGAGAUAGAGACUGAGAUAGGCCCCUGGAUAAUAAACACCAAGAGACCCCAAGGUUCCAGAUGGAACCCUGAGGGUGACCGUCCCUCUCAGAAGCCUUUUCCCUGGAUGUGUCCACACCUCACCUACAACCUAUUUGGUUCUCUGACUUGAAUCCUCUUGGCCUCCCAAAAAGAAGAACCUCAUUUCUUAGGGCUGCUCAUGUGGAUCAACAUUGCCCAUGGGGUCUUCCUCAAACAUCUCCCUUUCCACUCUCAAAUCCUCCAUCUGGGGGCAAAUUCAUGUUGGGGCCUAGAAACCCAGGAGAGACCGUGAUUCUGCUCUGGUCUGACUGCCCCCAGCUCGGUAGAGGAACAAUGGCUAAGUCAGACCACUUUGCACCUGAACAGGAGAGAUUCUGCCCAAAUCCUCCCCCCUGGGAGUCCCUUUAGAUCAAGGUGGGACCACUGUUCCCACUGACAAGCUCCUGACCAGACGUUGAUCCCUGCCCAGCAUCUGGCAUGCACUGUCACCCAGUAGGAGCUUCUAGAUGCCUAUUGUCUCUUAGCCUUAGAAACUUUCCACCAUCUGACAUUCAGCAAUCCAGCUUUAUCCAGAAUCCUCAUGGAAUUUCCUAGAGUUGGAAGUAUCUAGGGGAUGCUGGCUGUUAGGAAGACUGGGUAAAGGGCGGAAAGUGUC